GAAUUUCGAGAACAUACAAAAGUCUGUCAUGUGGCAUUGACAUCUGAAUAAAGACUAUCCGAGAGGAAAAGAAGAAGACGUCAUGGGAGAUUUGGACCUCAACGACACGUUCAACGCGACCAGCGAUGAAGAACCUAUCCCCUACUCGGAAAGACCAGAGACAUACAUCGUGCCGAUAUUGUUCGCCUUCAUAUUCUUGGUCGGGGUACUCGGCAAUGGAACGCUGGUCCUCAUCUUCAUCAGGCACAAGACCAUGCGCAACGUCCCCAACACUUACAUACUGAGCCUGGCGCUCGGUGAUCUCUUGGUCAUCGUCACCUGCGUGCCCUUCACAUCCACAGUAUACACCUUCAGCACGUGGCCGUACGGUCUGUUCGUUUGCAAGCUAUCAGAGGUCGCUAAAGACAUUUCCAUCGGAGUUUCCGUCUUCACUCUGACCGCACUCAGCGCCGACAGGUUCUUCGCUAUAGUCGAUCCCAUGCGGAAGCUGUAUUCGUCCAUUGGUGGCAAAGGAGCUACCGGAUGCACCAUUAUGAUAGCGAUCGCGAUAUGGCUCCUGGCCAUGUUCUGUGCUUCUCCGGCAGCUAUUGGAACCUAUAUCCGUGUUUUCAAAGAUCCAAACAAUGUCACACUUUUCGAGACAUGUUACCCCUUUCCUGAAGAGUGGGGGCCAUUUUAUUCACGAUCUAUAGUUAUGGCUAAAUUUCUGGUUUAUUACGCGAUACCCCUCACCAUCAUAGGUUUCUUCUACAUCCUGAUGGCUCAUCAUUUGGUAUUGUCGACAAGAAAUAUGCCAGGGGAAGCUCAAGGACAAGCCAGACAGAUCAGAGCCCGUAAGAAGGUGGCUAAAACUGUACUGGCAUUUGUUGUAGUCUUUGCUAUAUGCUUUCUUCCUCACCACAUUUUCAUGCUUUGGUUUUACAAUUAUCCAAAAGCCCAAAUGAGCUACAAUAACUUUUGGCAUAUCUUCCGCAUUGUUGGAUUCUGUCUCACCUUUAUCAACUCCUGCGUCAACCCGAUCGCUCUGUACUGGGUGUCUGGUACAUUCAGGAAAUACUUCAACAAGUACUUAUUGUGCUGGAGAGGGCAUAGCGAGGAGAGCCGCCACAACAGGAGAGCCUGGGACAGCUCAACUCUGGCCCACCUUCAUCAAAGUACGAUCAGGCGCAACGACACCACCGUUCAAGAGUGUACGGUCCUCACUACCUUCGCCAACGGCCACCAGGGUCCCUGACGACACAGCCAGAGGCCCAACAGCUAGCUGCGGUUCCAGUCUGCCUUCUAGUUUGGCAGAGUCAAUUUGAAGUCAUCCGAGAUCAAUUUGAUAUUUCUACUUUACCUUUUAAAAAAGCUUCAAAAUACUUGGAAACAUCCAUAUUUACCCUAGUUAAACAUUUUACCAUAUAAGUCACAUCGCAUUUAUUAAUAAGAUUAAAUAUUUAUUUACAAUAUCAAAUUUAUUGUUUAUAAGAUUAUAAACAAAGUUUGUGCAGGUUUUAACCUUUAUAUAAAAAAAAUUGAUCUGAUACUCAUCUCUCAACCUUACUCCUAUAAAUAGGUCAUCAUUUAAAUCUAUCUCGUAUGAUGGUUCUACCAAUUCCACAAGAAAAUUUGAUGUUUUUUAAAAAUGUUUAUGAAUAAAUGGAAAUGCACAGAUUUAUAUUGUACCAUGGUAUAUUCUUGAUUCGUGAGUUCUUAACUCAGUAUAUAAAAACUAUAAAAAAUGAUUUUGGAAGUGAAUUCCAAAAAAAUUAAUAACUUGAACUUAACUUGGAAGCCAUUGUUUCAACUAAGCAAAUGUAUAGAUACAUAUGCAUAUAUGUACAUACAUCUUUAAGAUUCUUUAGAAUUUUAAUUCAUGUCUGUUAUUUGAUCCUCCACGUUGUUAGAAACUUGUAAUUAGUACUUGAGGCAAUAACUAGAUUAAAAGGGAAUCUAUAAUCACUGACGAUUGAUUUAAUCAUGAUCACAUAACUGAGAAUAUCCUGGAGUGAAUUACUGCACCCAAAAAACCUUGGACAUAAUAAAUAUGUCUAUGAAAACAAUGAUGUAUAUAUUUAUUGUUAUGAGGUCUUAUAUUUCUAUUUUUGUUAGCCAAAAUAUAAUAAGAUUCCAUUCAUUAAAUUUUUUGAAAGGUGAUCUAAAAUUUUUGAAAAUAUCUAUAGAUAUAGUUAAUUUCUUUGCUUUAAGAUUUUCGAUAAAAUCCUAUUUCGCAAUAGUUAAAUUUAAGAAUAUUGUAGUAUUUUGAACUUGAGUGCAAGGAGCUUCUCUUUUGUUAUUUCUAAUUUCCAUAGUUCACAGAUAUUUUAAUUUAAUUGCUAAAUCAUUACAAUUAAUUAUUUACUUACUAAGAAUAAAAUGUACUUGUAUUGAAUGGUUGAUAUUUCAAAAUUAUGGGUAAUUAGCUUUCUUCAUAAUAAUCAGAUUACUUGCUGAAUGAAGUACAUUUGGAUAAAAAUAUCAAUAUUAUAAUGAGCCUGACUAUACGAUACUUCUUAUUUAGCAUUAAAGAAAAUUUAAUUAAUAUUCAGAUUAAGUUUAAAUUUAAAAUCACAGUGAUACUCUUUACAUCAGAAAGAAAUAGUAAAUUAACAUGGUAACUUUAAUAAUGUUUUUUUUUUUUACUGGUAUAAAGUAACUAAUAAGAAUAAAAUCAGAAAAAAAAGUUUUUUCUAAGAGAUAUUUAACUGAAAAAAUUAAACAUUUAUUUGUCCCUGGUUGUUUUUAAUCUCAGAUUGAAACUUUUCAAAAAAAUUUUAUUUAAAU